AUGGAGGCGUUCUUCUGCCUGGCGCGGUGCCGGUUCAGUCGGCUUAUGGUGGUGAUGCAGCUGGUGAUGGGCGUGUUCGUCAUCUGCAUCAGCAUGGCCAACCUCCACCGCUUCUACACCACCGACUCCUUCCUCCCGGGCCUCGACGACUCCGCCAACUGCGCCAGGCUCCACACCGUCGCCGCCGCCGACGGGUACGCCGGCUUCGACAUCCGCGCGCUGGCCGACCGCGUCGACGACGUGCUCGUCCAGCUCGCCGAGCUCCAGGACAAGCUGGAGGCCACGGCGCUCAAGAUCGGCAAGAAGACCAAGAAGAAGGGCAAGGCGCACGGCAAGCAGGAGAACAUGACCUUGCCGGAGUUCAGGCGGUUCCUCGAGGACGAGGUCAUCCACCCGCUCUACGGCGCGCACAUCUCCCUGCGCCUGAUCCGCAUCCCCCGCCCCGACCCCGACGGCGGCGGCGGCGACGACGACGCCCCGGUCGUCGACCCGCUCGUCAACUUCUUCAUGGCGGAGGAAACGCGCAAGUACGUGACCACCAAGGGCAACCGCGAGGGCCGGCCCAACGUGUACGGCACCAACCGGACGUACGGCAGCAUCGGGCACGCCUGCGUGCUGAUGCGGCGGGAGCUGGACGAGUACAUGAGCUACGACGUCGGCUCCUACUGCCCGGACGACUGGGACCUGCUGGGCGCGCCGUUCGCGGAGACGGUGGCGCUGCGGGGGCUGGUGCCGCUCUACGCCACCAUGAGCCAGCGGCUGCCCUUCUUCGACAACACCAUGGACAUGGUGCACACGGCGGGCUUCUUCGAGGGGUGGGUGGACCUGCAGCUGCUGGACUUCGUGCUCUUCGACUGGGACCGCGUGCUCCGCCCCGGCGGCCUGCUCUGGGUCGACAGGUUCGCCUGCGCGCGCAGGGACCUCGACGACUACAUGUACAUGUUCCUGCAGUUCAGGUACAAGAAGCACCGCUGGGUCGUCUCCUUCAAGUCCAAGGACGAGGUCUAUCUCUCCGCUCUCCUCGAGAAGCCGCCCAGGUCAUGA